AAGGGGUCAACUUGGUAAGGCAGUUUUGCGUUUUGGAGAAUUAGAUGAUAAUGUUCCAAUUUUACAUCAUCAAAAUUGCAAAGGAGAUUCUUUAGAAUAUUUACAUAAACUUCAUUAUUCACCAAACAAUGCCCCAGAAAUUGUUUCUCCUCAAUUAGAAGUUAAUAUUCAAGACAGAGUUUCGAAUUUUUUGGAAAAUGCAACACCUCUUGAAAUGUUAGAAGAAAGUGUUAGAAUGGUUACUUCUGCACAAGAACAACAGUUACAACAACAACAACCAUCUCCAACACAACAACAACAAUCAUCAUCUACAUCAUCAAAAACACCUUCAGAUAUAUUCCCACAACAACCAUAUUUUCUUUCAAAUCAAUCAUCUUCCUCUCAACAACAACAACCAAUAAUUUCUGAAAAUCCCAAUUAUUUAGCUUCAUCUGUUCUUCAACAAUUUUUAGAAAAAUCGAAACAAACAUCAACAAACAAAGAAGUUAUUUUAAUUGAUGAUGAUGAACAAAUUACAAAUAAUUCAACAAUAACUACAGCAACAACAACAUCCAAUAAAAAUAUAAAUGAAAUAAAUAAAACAAAUAAUAAUGAAAAUUUGUCUAAAUUAAUUAUUGGAUUGUCUGAAAUUGCUAAAGAAUUAUCUCUUUCUCUUAUUCAACAGCGUAAUAGCAACAACCUUAUUGUUUUACCUCAAAACAUCCGUGAUUCAAAACGUUCCCUGUCAAUCAUUCCAAUGCCCGAUAAUAUUUUAAUUGUUAAUGCAUUUCUUGGAAGUAUUUUACAAGAAACUUUACGUUGGUCUUCUUCAACCGAUGGAAUGGAUCAAUUGUUGUAUGCACUUAGGGGAAAGUGUUAUCAAUUCUUUUAUAAAUGUCCAGCUUUAGUUACCCAAGAUAAUUGCCAAGGAAAUUCUGGAUGGAUUUUGAGAAAUGAUCAUUUUCUUUAA